AUAGUCAACAUGGCUUCUAACAAGAUUGCAAAGCCCGCCGGCGCCGCUCCCUCCGAUGAGUUUGAGCUUUCCGUUGCCCAGGCCCUCGUUGACUUGCAGAACAAUGUUCCCGAGUUGAAGAAGGACUUGAAGGCACUCCAGAUCAGUGGUGCCAAGGAGAUCGAGAUUGGUGGUGGAAAGAAGGCUAUCGUUGUCUUUGUCCCCGUUCCUUCCCAGAAGGCCUUCAACAAGAUCCAGGCUAGACUCACCCGUGAGCUCGAGAAGAAGUUUUCUGACCGCCACGUUGUCUUCAUCGCCCAGCGUCGUAUCUUGAAGACCCCCACUCGUCGCGAGAACCCUAAGCAGCCCCGCCCCCGUUCCCGUACCUUGACUGCCGUCCACGAGGCUAUCCUCGAGGAUCUCGUCUACCCCACCGAGAUUGUUGGCAAGCGUACCCGCGUUGCUGUUGACGGUUCCAAGACCAUCAAGGUCUUCCUUGAUACCAAGGAUGCCACCUCCCUUGAGUACAAGCUCGACACUUUCUCUGCUGUCUACAAGAAGCUCACCGGCAAGGAUGUUGUCUUUGAGUUCCCUGCCAAUGUUGACUUGUUUUAAAAAAGCACCCUCACAAUUCAUUACAAACAACCCAUAAAAUAUAAUUAAAAUGUGCCCUGCAUCUUGCUGAUGAUCCAAUAGAAAAAAUUGGGAUCGUUUGGUUUGAAUUGG